AUGACAUAUUUCUUGAAACCUAAAUCCCCUGCUAGUUUUCCUGAAAUGAUGUUGCUCAAAUCGCACUUCAACAAGGAUGGGGCAAUGAUCAGACUCAUUUGGUGGCAGUGUGAUUUUCCUUUGUUACAAGAAAUUUUCACAGGGGAGGAAGCCACGGCAAUUGCUGCAAUUCCAUUGAGUAGGAGAGUAGUCAUUGAUAGGCUUUGUUGGAAGCUUUCAAAGGAUGGAAAGUUCUCAGUGAAGACGACAUAUCGAUAUGCGUUUAUGAAGUCUGCAAGCUAUUCUCCGUUGCAACUUCCUGUCGGCUCAGGCUUUUGGAAAAAGCUUUGGAAGGUGGUUAUUCCGAAUAAAGCAAAAAUUCAUGUUUGGAGAGCUUGUCUGGAUAUCCUUCCUUCGCUAGGUAGCUUGGCUUCAAAGCGAGUAGUUUUGGAUUCGAAUAUUUGUGUUUUAUGUGAGUCUCAUACUGAAACGACGAUCCACCUUUGUCGGGAUUGCCCUUAUACUAGGAGGGUGCUUCACACAAAUGCUAUGCUACAACAGGAAAGAAAUUAUCGGCUUUGGAAUCAAAAGAGGUGUGAGGCCAGGGAUGUGAGUUUGGGGAUUGUCUCUAGGCUGCAGGAAUUUAGGGUUCACAAUUUGAAACGCUACCAACCUAAGGUUAAACGUGAAGCAGUGUGGAAAGCUCCUCCUGUGGGGGUGGUGAAAGUCAAUGUUGAUGGGGCAUUCCAUCACACUUCUAAGAAGGGUGGCUUGGGAUUUGUUUUUAGAAAUGAGAAUGGAAUAAUGCUGGGUGGUGGCGCCUGGCCCUUGAGAGGGUUGAAUUCCCCAGAACAUGCUGAAAUUUUGGCAUGCAAGGUUGCUUUAGAGUUUGCGGAGGUGCAUGGUUUUGGACCUAUUAUUUUAGAGACUGAUGCUUUAGAGGUUCAGCGUCAACUUUCUUUACAUGACUCUAUCAAUUUAUUAGGGAUAGGCAGAAUAUAUGAUGACGUUGUGGCUCUCUUGGAGGCUCAGAGUGUUAUCCAGGUGACUCAUAUGGGUAGGAAAGGAGUUGGCAAAUCGUGCCUUCUUCUUCAGUUCACCGACAAGGUUGCAAGUUUUUGA